CGCUGCAUCAACCCGGCAUACAGCAGCAGCAGCAGCAGGCUGGGCUCAGGGAUCUAUUGUUCCCUGUUUUAUGACUGCCAGACCUCGGUCUCGCUCUUUAAGGAUCCAACGGAGGACAAGGAGAACGAGAGGACACCUCAGCCCUGUCCGCCUGGGAUUACUUCUUCUACUGGUGUGGACAAAGCAGAAGCAGGAAACACACUUGAGUCCAGCUCGCUACCUCGGGCCGGGCUGGUUUCCUUCCUCCUGACUGCAUUGGGAACUAUACAGUACUUGCCGUGAGGUGGAACAUGGGGUUGGCCAGCAGAGCUGUGGGGAUGCUGGGAGUCUCGAGGGGGGCACCGCUUCCCUCUCUCUGGAGGAUAGCGCUGCUCUUCCUCUCCAUCUGGGAGAUGGAUGCACAAACCGCAGUGGAAACUAAACCCCUGUACAUCUGGCAAACAGGUCCGUGGGGUCGUUGUAUGGGCAGUGAGUGUGGACCCGGCGGCAGCCAGAGCAGGGCGGUAUGGUGUGCCCACUCUGAAGGCUGGACUACGCUGCACACCAACUGUGACCAGACAGAACGGCCAGACAACCAGCAGAGCUGCUUCAGAGUGUGCGACUGGCACAAAGAUCUUUACGACUGGCAGCUUGGCGCCUGGAACCAGUGUGUCCCGGUGUCGAUGCGCAGCGCCGGCGUGCAACGCCCCGCCGUGUGUACCCGGGGAGAGGAGGGCAUCCAGACCCGUGAGGUGGGCUGUGUCCAGAAAGCGAAUGGCGAGCCUGCAGAAGAUGCAAUCUGUGAAUACUUUGAGCCCAAACCACGCCUGGAACAGGCCUGUCUUAUCCCCUGUCCACGGGACUGUGUGGUAUCUGAGUUCAGCCUGUGGACUCACUGUUCUAAAACCUGCGGGAUGGGCUUACAGAACCGGAUACGCUUUGUUCUGGCUCCGCCACUGUUUGGCGGGGAAGCCUGUCCAAACUUGACGGAGUUUCAGACGUGCCAGCCGGGGCUCUGUGAGGGAGAGGAGAGCCUCUAUAGCCUCCGGGUGGGACCCUGGGGGCUCUGCUCUGUCCCCAUGCCGAGGCAAGCCAGACAAGCUGAUAAACCACCCAGUGACAAACCCUCAAAGGAAAGUGAUAAACUCUCCAAAGAGGGCGACAAACAGUCCAGAGAGAGUGACAAAACAUCCAAAGGGGCUGACAAACAAUCUAGAGAGGCUAUCAAACUGUCCACUGAGGGCGACAAACAGCACAAAGAAGGAGACAAAAGGUCCAAAGAGGGUGAGAAACCAUCCAGAGAUGGACACAAACCGUCCAGACCCAACAGAAAACUGGACAGGGCCAACAGGAAACCAGACAGGCCAUCCCGACAGGCAGACAGACCCAAACGACAGAAAAAGGCUAAAAACAAAGAGAAAAAGGAGAAAAUGAGAGAGAAGGUCCGGGAGAGGUUAAGGGAGAGGGGGAAGGUGAAGGAUCCGGAGACCAGAGAGCUCAUCAAGAAGAAGAGGAACAGAAACCGUCAGAACCGCCUGGGAGGAAAGUUCUGGGACCUGCAGGUCGGCUACCAGACCAGAGAAGUGACCUGUGUGCAUAAGAACGGAGUCGUUGAAGCUCUCAGCCUGUGCUCUCAGGAGUCGCUGCCGGUGACCUUCCAGGCCUGCGUCAUGACCAAAGACUGCGAUGUGACCGAGUGGUCCGAAUGGUCGGCUUGCUCCAAGGAGUGCUACGACCCCAACGGGCCGAAGGGGGAGCGCACUCGCACCAGAAAAGUGAGCCAGUUCCCGAUUGACGGAGGAGCAGAUUGUCCAGAGCUGGAGGAGAAGGAGCCCUGCAGCCCCCAGGGAGACGGCGUGCCGCCCUGCAUCGUGUACAGCUGGAAGACGUCGGAGUGGACAGAGUGCCGGGUGGACGUGCUGCUGAGCCAACAAGACCGUCGUCGUGGUAACCAGACGGGGUUGUGCGGAGGCGGGAUCCAGACUCGAGAGGUCUACUGCGUCCAGACCGGCACUGAGAAACCCCCCAACCUCAGCUCACUGCGGAGCAAAGAAGCACCGCGACCGAUGGACGGUGAUCUGUGUCUGGGGAUCCCCCCGAACACCACCCAGCUCUGCCAUAUCAGCUGUCCUGUUGAGUGUGAGGUGUCUGCGUGGAGCGCCUGGGGACCCUGCACCUAUGAGAACUGCCAGGACCAGGCAGCCAAGAAAGGCUUCAAACUGAGGAAGAGGAAGAUCGUCAAUGAGCCGACGGGCGGGACGGGCAACUGCCCCCACCUGGUGGAGGCGAUACCGUGUGAAGAGCCCAGCUGCUACGACUGGCUGGUGGUCACGCUGGAGGAGUGCAUCCCCGACAACGACAAGGAGUGUGGACCGGGAACACAGAUCCCACAAGUGCAGUGUGUCAUCAGUGAUGGUGAGUAUGUGGAGAGGCAGCUCUGCCGUGACGCCAUCCUGCCCAUGCCGGCCAUCUGUGAGGUGCCUUGCCCAAAGGACUGUGCCCUGAGCCCCUGGACCGCCUGGUCUCUCUGCUCCCACACCUGCUCUGGAAAGAACACCGAGGGCAAGCAGACCAGAGCUCGCUCCAUCCUCGCCUACAACGCAGGAGAAGGUGGAAUCCAGUGUCCCAAUAUUAGCGCCCUGCAGGAGAUGAGGAACUGCAAUGAGCAUCCGUGCACCGUGUACCACUGGCAGACCGGCCCGUGGGGGCAGUGCAUAGAGGACUCCUCCAUCCCGACCGGCAACACGUCUGUGGGCCGAACACGCGGUGACGAUGCCUCCUGCUCAGUAGGGAUGCAAACCCGCAAGGUCAUCUGUGUCCGGGUCAACGUGGGCCAGGUUCCUCCCAAGAAGUGUCCAGAGAGUCUGCGUCCAGACACCGUCCGGCCCUGCUUACUGCCCUGCAAGAGGGACUGUGUGGUCACUCCCUACAGCGAGUGGAGCACCUGUCCGUCCACAUGUCGAGCAGGUGGUAACAUCAAGAAGAAGCAGUACAGGAAACGUAUUAUCAUCCAGUUACCAGCCAACGGGGGACAGGACUGUCCUGAGGUGUUGACCCAGGAGAGAGAGUGUGACGCUCCGUCUGUCUGCCAAGGAUACAGGUGGAAAACCCACAAGUGGCGGCGAUGCCAGCUGGUUCCAUGGUCGGUACGUCAGGACAGUCCUGGAGCUCAGGAGAUCUGUGGACCGGGCCUGCAGGUUCGGGCCGUCUCGUGCCGGAAGCAGGACGGUGGGCAGGCAGACAUCGAGGCUUGUCUGAAGUUUGCCAGCUCCAUGCCGCCCAUCACACACCCCUGCCAGCUGCCCUGCCAGGAAGACUGUCAACUCAGCAGCUGGUCCAAGUUCUCCUCCUGCUCAGCCGACUGCGUAGGCGUCAGGACCCGCAAGAGGAUGCUGGUUGGGAAGAGCAAAAAGCGUGACCAGUGUAAGAACCACCAGGUGUAUCCCCUGAGCGAGACCCAGUACUGCCCAUGUAAUAAAUACAACGCCCAGCCGGUGGGCAACUGGUCGGACUGCGUCCUACCGGAGGGCGGCCGCCUGGAGGGGCAACUGGGCAUGAAGAUCCAAGGUGACAUCAAGGAGUGUGGCCAAGGAUACCGUUACCAGGCCAUGGUGUGCUACGACCAGGACAACCGCAUAGUGGAGACGUCUCGCUGCAACAGCCAUGGGUACAUCGAGGAGGCGUGCAUCAUCGCCUGUCCGUCUGACUGCAAACUGAGCGAGUGGUCCAACUGGUCGCGCUGCAGUAAGUCCUGCGGCAGUGGGGUCAAAGUUCGCUCCAAGUGGCUCAGAGAAAAGCCCUACAACGGAGGACGGCCGUGUCCUAAACUGGACCACGUCAACCAGGCUCAGGUGUACGAGGUGGUGCCGUGCCUCAGUGACUGUGGGCAGUACGUCUGGCUGGCAGAGCCCUGGAGUGUGUGGAAGGUCAGCAACGUGGACCUGAAGGAUAACUGUGGUGAAGGUGUCCAGACCAGGAAAGUCAGGUGUAUGCUGAACACUAUCGACGGGCCGUCUGAGCAGGUGGAGGACUACCUGUGUGAUCCGGAGGAGAUGCCUCUGGGAGCCCGGAACAGCCGUCUGCCGUGCCCUGAGGACUGUGUGUUAUCAGACUGGGCGGUCUGGAGCGCGUGUCCACUGCCAUGCAGUGGGAACGGUACCCGAGAGAGGAGCGCUUACCAGCUCCGCCAGCCGGGAGAGGAGAAGGAGUGUCCUCCGACUAAAGAGACCGAGCUCUGCAAACUAAACAGCAACUGCUUCCACUACUCCUACAACAUCACUGAUUGGAGUACCUGUCAGCUCAGUGAGAGAGCGGUGUGCGGAUACGGCAUCAAAACCCGCAUGCUGGACUGCGUGCGUAGCGACGGUAAAUCUGUGGACCUGAAGCUGUGUAACGAGCUGGGCCUGGACAGGAAGUGGCAGAUGAAUGCUUCCUGUGUGGUGGAAUGUCCCGUCAACUGUCAGCUGUCUGAUUGGUCACCGUGGUCCGAGUGCACCCACACCUGUGGGCUGACAGGAAAGCUGUGGAGGAGGCGGACAGUGAUCCAGGCUCCCCAGGGUGACGGCAGGCCCUGCCCGGCCCAGAUGGAGCAGUGGAAGCCCUGUCUGGUGAAGCCCUGCUACAGCUGGAGAUACAGCGUCUGGUCCGACUGCAGGUCUGAGGGGGCAAGGUGUGGAGAAGGCCUGCGCUUCAGGAACGUGUCGUGCUUCGUGUCGGACGGUUCGGGUCAGCAAGACAGCAGCCUGGUGGACGAGGAGCUGUGUGGAGAUCUGGAGCCCUCGGUGGACGGAGAUCCACACAUCGUUCUGAUGGAACCCUGUACCGUACCCUGUCCAGGGGAGUGCUACCUGACAGACUGGACCGUUUGGAGUCCGUGCCAGCUGAGUUGCGUGAGCGGGGAUGAUCUAGGUUUCGGCUCGGUCCAGGUCCGAUCCCGAGCCGUGGUGGCCCAGGAUCCAGAGAACCUGCUGCAGUGUCCGGAGCAGGAGCUGGAGGCUCGGCCGUGUACAGAGGGUCAGUGUUUGGAAUACGAGUGGAGGAAUGGACCGUGGAGGGGCUCGUCUCGUCAUGUCUGGUGUCAGCGCUCAGAUGGACUGAACGUCACAGGUGGAUGCCCGCUGACAGCCAAGCCGAUGGCUGACCGAUCCUGUGACCCGCCUUGCACCAAGCCACGCUCGCUGUGCACAGAGACGGGGGUGUGCGGCUGUGAGGAGGGCUACACCGAGGUGAUGACGUCUGAUGGCAUGCUGGACCAGUGUAGGGUCAUCCCAGUGCUGGAGAUCCCCACCGCGGGGGACAACCGGGCCGACGUCAAAACCAUCCGAGCCUUCAACCCAACCCAGCCUGCAGCCAGCUCGCCGGGACGGGCCGGACGCACCUGGUUCCUGCAGCCCUUCGGCCCAGAUGGGAAGCUGAAGACUUGGGUCUACGGAGUAGCAGCAGGAGCGUUUGUUCUGCUCGUCUUCAUCAUCUCCAUGACGUACUUAGCAUGCAAAAAGCCAAAGAAGCCACAGCGACGGCAGAUGAACAACCGACUGAAGCCGCUGACUCUGGCCUACGACGGAGACGCCGACAUGUAGAAGUCUUCCCGCUGACCGCAGCGACCUACAGACAUUAGUCCUACCACGGGACAACACAGGGUUGCUAUGGAAACCGUCGAUGUCAGAGCUGCCGCUGGGCGUUGUCCAACCUUCACGUGGACACCCCGGAGACGAGGAUUCUGACAGGAAGAGAAACCUCAAAGUUCAACAACCAGGAUCCAUCUCUCCAUCAGCAGGCUUGAUUUAACCUGCCUCUUUGUUUUGAUUUUACAUUUUGAGACUUUGUUUCACGAGAGCCUUCAUGAAUUCUUUAUCUUCUUCUGGAAGUUUGCCUUCGCUUCUCUGCCAUCUACUACUGCCAGCAACAUCCACGCCACGGCUGUCGGAGAGGGUCGCCCCAAAACUACCAUUUAGCUCCAAAAGCACAAAUCUUCAUUUGUCUUUUUGUUAGUUUUGUCCCAGCUGAGUGGGAUCAUGUCCUCAGGACGCUCGUCCUCCUCUGUCCCACUGAGAACAUCCAGACGUGGCUUGGUUCCAUCUUACAGGAAGAGAAACCCGUACUGAUUCCCAGAGCCUCCAUCUCUUCUGCCUGCCUCUCUCUUCUCCGUUUUCAGGCAUAAUUUUGCACUAUAUUAGUGCAGCAUGAUAUGUAUGUCCGUCUAGCUUCGCCAUAGGAAACUGCCUCUCUCAAUACAAGAUGGUGUACAGUCUUGUGCUAGAAAUGUAAAAAAGUAGACUCUUUUUGCAAACAGAACUCACCGAUGUUUGUUAAUACUUCUCUUCUAUUACCUCUUCCAGUGCGUGUGAUACGACGGGGCUCAGUGUACAUAGGAUCUUUUUCUGUGGUCUCGACUUUACCUUUCUAGGAUGUACAGCUACGCGUCCACUACGACUUUAUUCUCUGACGAUUGUCUGACUGCAGCUCAACGUUAUGCUAUUUUACUUUUGUAAAUUAUUAAUUGACAUUACUAUCAUCGACUCAGACUGCAGAACACGCUGGCCAUUUGAAGACGUUUUGACAGGGAGUGUCCAAAUGAACCACCAGCGUUGGUCUCUGGGACAUCCCCCCCCCCAUGUCCUCAGGUUUGAAGGACCCACCUUCAAAGUAUCCGGACCCAGAAUCGGGUCCAAACAGCUUUUCAUAUCACUUUCUUAUACAGCACCCGGUCUGAAGGGUUAUGAAUUACAAGUAAUACCUUUAUUAAAGCUGAUAUUUUAUUAAUGCUUAAUAUCUAUUAUCCUUUAUACGCCAUCAGGUCUUUGGUUACAAAUGUUACAAAUGAGUCAUUAAUAGUUUUCUCUAACAAGAAACCAUCAAGUCUGCAAAAAUACAAAUGAUUGAUGACCCAAAAGUUGAUUUAGAUUCUUGAGAUGUCCUGUCUCUCUCUCAGUUCUGAUCAGAACAUGAUGUAUCAGUAGGAGACUUCCCAAAGUGAUCAGAACAUGAUGUAUCAGUAGGAGACUUCCCAAAGUGAUCAGAACAUGAUGUAUCAGUAGGAGACUUCCCAAAGUGAUCAGAACAUGAUGUAUCAGUAGGAGACUUCCCAAAGUGAUCAGAACAUGAUGUAUCAGUAGGAGACUUCCCAAAGUGAUCAGAACAUGAUGUACCAGUAGGAGACUUCCCAAAGUGAUCAGAACAUGAUGUACCAGUAGGAGACUUCCCAAAGUGAUCAGAACAUGAUGUAUCAGUAGGAGACUUCCCAAAGUGAUCAGAACAUGAUGUAUCAGUAGGAGACUUCCCAAAGUGAUCAGAACAUGAUUGAUCAGUAGGAGACUUCCCAAAGUGAUCAGAACAUGAUUGAUCAGUAGGAGACUUCCCAAAGUGAUCAGACCAUGAUUGAUCAGUAGGAGACUUCCCAAAGUGAUCAGACCAUGAUUGAUCAGUAGGAGACUUCCUGUCAUCGCCAGCCGACGGCAGUUUAAUAUUUUGUGGGGUUUUGUUGCUCGUGAGUUGACGGAAUGUUUAAUUUAUAUCUCUUGGAAUAUGACUUGUAAAUAAAGUGCUAAAUAUUUCUUUUGUAUUAUUAUUUAUUGUUGUAUCAUAACGUGUUUCCUUUUUUACGGCACAAGUUGUUAUGCAAAAAAAUAGAAACUAAAAAAAAACGACCUGGAGGCGUGAAUGUGGAGCGCUGACAGCGAUGCUGAUAAUAUUGAUAACCUUGUGAGAAACACAGUUGCUGAUGAACUCUGACUUUUCCUACUCUUUGUUUAUAUGUAUUUGACUAAUUGCUGAUAAUAAACAAGGGAAAUAUUUCAA